AUGUCAAACGGACCGCCGCCGCCACCGCCACCGCCGCCGCCGCCGCCGCCGCCGCCGCCGCCGCCGCCCGCGGCGGCGGCGGCGGCGACGAAAGCACUCCACCUCCUGCCGGGCUGCUGCUCGGCUUCACACCCUCCCGGUGCCCCCGCCCUUCCCUCCCCCCCUUGGUGCGCGCUUCGCGCCCGGCAGACGACGCCGGAACCGCCACCGCAGGCGCCGCCACAGCCUCUGCCGGCGCCGCCACAGCCUCUGCCGGCGCCACCACAGCCGGCGCUGCCACAGCCGCUACCGCCACAGCCUCCGCCGGCGCCGCCACCACCUCAGCUGGUGCCGCCACCACCUCAGCUGGUGCCGCCACCGCCUCCGCUGGUGCCGCCACCACCUGAGCUGGUGACCCCACCGCCUCUGCCGGCGCAGCCACUGCGACAGCACUAG